UCUAGAGGCACAGCCAGCAAGCGAGCGGAUGAGAAAAGGAACGAGCGAGUGCAAGCGCUCGAAGUGGAUUGAGUGUGGAAGGGAUUGAAUGAGAGACAUGACAAAAUAUCAAGAGGGAAAGCACGCACUACCAUGCGAGCUAAAUUUGUGACCGCUGGAAUAGAGGAUGUCGGAUUAAUGGUGACUAUUAUAACCCGUUUUCGCAGAGGAAGCUUUUCGAUUGGGACUUUGGAAGAGGGUCCGCGGGGAAACAUGGCCGAAGGAGGGGCGGUUAAAGGUGGCGCAGAAUACACCGCAAAAUCGGCGGAGCAGGAAGAGCGGAUUCUGCCCCAGCCUCUGUCGGGAGCAGGCCACUGCAAGUGGUUCAAUGUUCGAAUGGGGUUCGGAUUUAUAUCAAUGACCAGCAGCGAGGGGAGCCCCCUAGACCUCCCUUUGGACGUAUUUGUCCACCAAAGUAAGCUGGUGAUGGAUGGCUUCCGCAGCCUGAAGGAGGGCGAGCAGGUGGAGUUCACCUUUAAGAAGUCCUCCAAGGGCCUGGAGUGCCUGCGGGUGACGGGGCCAGGCGGGGGACCGUGCACGGGCAGCGAGAGGAGACCCAAAGGGAAGGCCACGCCCCAGAAGAACCGCAAACAAAAGGGUGACCGUCCUCUCUCCAGCUGUUAUAACUGUGGAGGUCUGGACCACCAUGCCAAGGAGUGUGGCCUGCCCCCCCAGCCAAAGAAAUGCCACUACUGCCAGAGCAUCAUGCACAUGGUGGCCCAGUGUCCCCAAAAGGCGCUGGCGCCCCCCACUGGUUCUCAGGACCCCCUGCACUCUUCUACCCUGGCCGACCUGUACCCCCCCGACGAGGAGGAGCGCUCGGGCUCAUACCCCCUCGAUGGCCCCUCAACCUCCCCGGAAGAGCCACCCCAGUCGCACUGUGGUGGCCCCCAGAGGUGGAGGAAAUAGGCGGGGAGAUGGGGAGAGGUGUACCCUGACUCCCCUAACCUAAGGAACCCCCAAAAUCCACCCCUAAUCUACCUCACACUCGUGAAAAAAAUGGGAGGUAUAUUUUUUUGGGGACCAGCGAAGCUAUGGCAAUGAUCACCGGAGUACGGAUCUGUGUGAAUAUGUGUGACUGACUGACUGGCUGUCAUCUGGUGGCAGCUAUGGCAACCAUCGCUGGGGAUACGGACUCAUGUGAAUGACUGUGUGUGACUUCUCAAUCAGUGCAGCUCAAGAGACAAAAUGGUCUAAAAGAGAAACAAGGGUCAGGGUUAGGGGUUAGGGUUUAGGUUUGGGUUUAGGGUUCGGGGUUAGGGUGAUUGUGAACCUGAGUUAGAUGACUGGUGUCAUCCGUAACACUUUGUGUGGUAGUUUAUGAAUAUAACUCGGUUUCCUUUUAGAUUUUGGUUCACGUGUUUCAUAUUAUAUUAUUAUUCUAAACAUCAUGAUGCCUCUUUUUUGGCAUUAAGACUUUUAAAAAAGGCCUUGAUGUAGCCCAGUGUUUCCUAAUCGCGCAUAUUUUAGUUUUUGCCCUAGCAGUAACACACUUGAUUUAACUUAUCGCCAAGCCUUUGAUUAUUUACAAUCAGGUGUGUUAGUGAUACAUCAAAAACUAAAAUGUGUACCCCUUUGGCUCCCCGGGACCAGGAUUGCAAAACACUGAUAGGCCCUCUAUAAAAACAAUAGAAGCGCAAAAAAUCUGAAUCCAAAUGAUGCUUUAGUGUGACCUAUUGAUCAGUGUUGGCGAGAACACCAUGGAUACCAGGGUGAAAGGUUGGGAAGAGGAUGGGGGCGUAGGACACUGAUUCAAUAACGCUUGUGGUCAUGUGCAACGCUCUGCUUACAGAAACAGAACUGGACCAACUGCCCAGGGUGGGGGGCAGCAAUGGCUUCAUAAGAACCAGGAACUGGUUGUUAUAUGGUUGUUAUUAUAUGGUUGUAAUGACGUCAUUUCAACCAGCUUGCCCACUGGUUGAUUGUUGUUAAACCUAGUUUGAAGUGUGUGUGUGUGUGUGUGUGUGUGUGUGUGUGUGUGUGUGUGUGUGUGUGUGUGUGUGUGUGUGUGUGUGUGUGUGUGUGUGUGUGUGUGUGUGUGUGUGUGUGUGUGUGUGUGUGUGUGUGUGUGUGUGGCAUAGCCUGGUGCAGUGAAGUCACCUUCGCUGUGUACUUCCCCAGCGGGGAGAUUUUGGCACAAGACAUCAUUGCAACCAGUUUUCUGCUGCGAAAAGAAGCCUAACUGUCACUCCUGAACCACAGAAGAUGAGCUUUUCUAGUUCAGUGGUACUAACAAUUGACUGCAGAGUGCUAGUGGGGGAAUAGUAUUGAAUCCAGGCACGUGUGCUCACUUGCUUGUGUGUGAGUGGGGCUGUUAGGAACGUGUUCGAGACGUUGUUCCUUUCCUAAAACAUAACAGUGACGGACGAGAAGUUUGAUCCAGGCUUUGAGAUUGGGGCCAACCUCUAGUCGACUUUAUAUUAACAAUUCUGUUUCAUGUAAUCCUAGAAAAACAUGCCUUAGAAAAAGUGUUUUAUCACUCGAGACCUUGCCUGGCUACCCAGACUCCUUGCUCUGGCCAAACGCUAAGCCACGCUCACAGACGUUAGUUUCUUCUCCGCAGUGAGUCUGGAUAUGAGUACCUCCCAGACCCUUCACCGAAUGCCAACACAUUCAAGGCCAUCUGAUUGGUCCAGGAACCGAUGGGUUGGGCCAGAGCUAGAACAAACAUGGGUAAAGCGGCGGUUUGAAAAUGUGUCAUUGGCUUUUAUACUCCGAUUGGUUAGAGACGAUCCAAUCGAUGUUGACUUUGUUUUGUACAAAGCCCCUCGUGUCCCUCGUCACCACAAAAUACUUAAAUGAUGGCAGACUAAAGUAUGUAGCGAAUGAGAGAGCAGAAGAAUAAUUUAGUGUGAGUUGUUAGGCUACUCGAGUCCGGUCUCCAGACCACAUAUUGAGUGUCUCGGGUUUGUCUCGGAUACAUUUUUACUCUGUCUUGACUGUCAGCCCCCGUUCAGUCAAUGCUUCACCAUGCCAAAUAUCCACACUCCUUUUAUAACACUUACUCAUAACAUACUUACUCAUAACAAUGCUGUCCUUUACUACAAUGCAUUUGGAAAGUAUUCAAACCCCUUGAAUUGUUCCACAUUUUGUUACGUUACAGCCUUAUUCUAAAAUGGAUUAAAUAAAUGUUUUUCCUCAUCAA